UAUCAUUGUCUGCUUGCCUUACCAAUCUCUGGCGUUGCUCCGGGCACUUUUGGUCACUGUCCCAAAUCCUCGUCACACAGCCCCCCGUGGGGACGGUUCGACGGCAUUUUGCGCUCUCGUCGUCAUUCCUCAAUUGUCAUCAGCAUAACAAUCUGAUAUGCUGCUGCACGGAUUUCAACCUUGGAUGAGAUCCGGCCUCGCCAAUUCCGCCAUCUGCUCUACGCAUUAGUUGCCAGAUUACUCGUCCUCUACUAGUCGAGGCGCCAGGGCAUCUCCGAAUUGGACCAACGACAGAAUGUCCCAGGACGGUAUGACGCCGCAGGCGACCACACCCCUCAUGAACCCACCUCCUCAGGUAUUUGGUCGCUUUACUCCCGGAGGUUCUCCUAUCUCUCCCGUCCUGAGCGGUCCCAUAUUUCCACAAGACGCAUCAGCACAAACAUCAGACGAGCAUAAUGAUGGGAAACGGAGGAGGAUUGCGAGGGCUUGCGACAUGUGUCGCAAGAAGAAGAUCAAAUGUGAUGGCAAGCUCCCAGCAUGCACACAUUGUUUGAAUUACAAGACCGAAUGUAUCUUUACGCAGGUGGAAAAGAAGCGGAAUCCUCCAAAAGGCGCCAAGUAUAUUGAAGGCCUCGAAAAUCGCCUCGGCCGCAUGGAAUCUCUGCUCAAGCUCUCCGGCUUGCUCUCCGAAACUGAUGGCAACACAGACCUAGGAACCUUGGAGAAGCGUCUCGCCGAUAAAGCUGCCACCUCCAAUGGAACCCCCCCAAGGGCUUCCGAAUGGUCUGCCCCGCAACGCUCAUCGACCGAAUCGCAACGAGAGCCGUCUCGACAACCGUCGUUUUCAAGUCCGCCAAGCAGGGCGACAACUCCUGAAUCAGAGAAAGAAGACCAGGAAGAAGUGGAAGCGCUCUCAGACAUGAUGUGCUCCCUGGUCACCAACAACUGCGGCGAGACCAGAUAUAUCGGGUCGUCGUCUGGAUUUUCCAUUUUCUCACCAAAGGGGAUUCAAUGGGUCAACGAAAAGACCGGAGACUCGUCUUUCCAAGACAUGAUUUCCAGCGCAACUGUAGACGACAGUAAAUGGAUGCUUUGGAAGCCUGAAGUAUUUGGUGAUAUUUUUGGCCGUCGUCUAUACAUAUCUUUGCCCCCAAAAGAGGAAGCGCUGUCACUUCUGAAGGACUAUUUUGAAAACUUCAAUUGCAUGUUCCCCCUCUUCCACGAGCCUACAUUUAUGCAUCUCGUUGAAAGACAAUAUUCCCGUGAUCCAUUUGAAGGUUCUGGGUGGUGGGCCAGCCUCAAUGUUGUGCUCGCGAUUGCACAUCGACUACGGAUCAUGAGCAAUCUGGUGCCGCAAGAUGAAGAUCAGAAAGCUUGGGCACAUCUCAAGAAUGCCCUUGCCGUGUUUACGGAACUGACUCUGCGUAACGCCGACUUGCUCAGCGUUCAGGCAAUGCUUGGCAUGGCUCUUUUCUUGCAGGGUACACCGAACCCGCAGCCGUGCUACUUUCUGGUAGCGGCCGCUUUCAGAAUGGCGCACAGUAUAGGCCUUCAUAAACGUGGAUCAGGCUUUAAUCUGAAUCCCGUAGAAAUCGAGCAGCGAAAACGCGUGUUUUGGAUUGCUUACCUCAUAGACAAGGACAUAAGUUUGCGUUCCGGUCGACCACCGGUUCAGGACGAUGACGACAUGAGCGUGGAGCUGCCAAGUGAAGACCCUGCCGAUAAUAUUGGCAACAUUCCUUUAGCCGAUGGCAAAAGCAAGAUCAACCUUUUUAGGCUGAUAUGCACAUUUGCGAUCAUUGAAGGCAAGGUCUACAAACAAUUGUAUUCCACCAAGGCUGCCAAGCAAUCGGACGGAGAGCUGCUAAACACUAUCGGAGAACUCGAUCGUGAAUUGGAAGAGUGGAAAGAUGCUAUCCCUGUCGAUAUUAGGCCCGGUCAUGAGAUCAAUUCUUCGCACACGCCUUUAAUUCUUCACAUCGUGGUUUUGCAUUUCGCCUAUCACAACUGUCUGACAACAAUACAUCGGAUGUCUGUCCAUCACGGGUACUGGACAAGCCGACUGUCGAAUUUUGCGAUCCAAGGCCUGAACUCUCGGCCACUUAAUCCCCGAGUGUUCUCCUCGGCCAAUCUUUGUGUUUCUUCUGCUAGAACUUCGAUUCAUCUGAUCAGAUAUAUUCCUCAGGGAGACUAUGCAUGUGUCUGGUUGAUCCUUUAUUAUCCCGUCGCUGCGUUGGUCACUCUCUUUGCAAAUAUCCUUCAGAAUCCUCAAGAUGCCCGAGCACGCUCUGACAUCAAGCUGAUGGACCAAGUGGUCACUUUCUUGUCGAAUAUAUGCACAGAUGACCAAAACGGAGGUGCCAAGCGGAUGCUUAACGUUUGUACGGAAUUUGAACGAAUAGCCAAGGUUGUAGUAGAUAAAGCCGAUGCAGAGACCUCGAACAGAAAGAAGAGGAAGGAUCACCAUGAGGAAAGACCAAAAUCGACAGCGGGAACAACGCCCGCGCCACAGUCCAAGGCCACACCAGUCCCCGAGGCAGCUAGAACUCCGGCGCCAACAUCCGGAACAUCGCCUUACGCUUUCAUGGGUGCUCCAACCCCCGGAGUGCCAUUUACCCCGGAACUCACGGCAAGCGUUGGUACUCCUGCCCCUCAUACUAGUUCGUCCCAACCCUCAACCAACGGAUACUCUCCCCAAGUCGGCGAGAGCCAUUGGCUACCAGACUUCUCUUCAUCAGACAUGCCGAACAUUCUGUCACCAGGCGGCGGCGUGGGACAGGACUUUGCAAACAUGACUGCAUCAUACUCGACCCCUGGCCCUUUUGCAUCACCAGCGCCCUUUAGUCAUCCUGGGAGCAUACCCAACGGCGUGGCAGCACCAUUUGUCCCGCAAGAUUUGUGGCAAUUGCCAAUGUCCCUUGAAUGGGAUUGGACAGAUAUAUCAAGUUUCGGCUAUCCGCCAUUCGAUCAGACUAUGGGUGGUGGCGGUGGUGGUGGCGGCGGCGGUAGCGCCAGCAGCCAUGAUCCGACACAGAACCAAAUCCGUCAUGAGCAAGCGUUACCGCCGCAACCUGAUCAUAAUCCUUCAUGACCCCCUUCCUGAAACACUCUUUUUUUCUUUUUGUCACGCUGUAAUGUUCACGCUUACGACGUUGUAUAAUGUUGUUAGUGAAGCGGAGGAAAGCAAGGCGUAUCAACCCCACUCUUUGGCGUUAACCCGGAAGCCCUCGAUUGAUGGUAGAUUAACCCAUCUUCCUCAGUCACGACCACUCCUAUUCAUUCUUCUCCCUUAUCAAGCAUUGCCGGCGCUGGAAAAGGUUUUAUGUUUUACGUUACGUGGGUUUCACCAACCAAUUCUUGAGAGAAAGAAUCGGAUCAGAAACUGGGCCAUUUGGAUUAUUACGGCCAGAUGUUCACCCAGAAUUGGAUGCUGGACGCGAUAUGCAAGUCGCAUGUGUACAAUAAUAGGUAAUAUUUAUUUCCGGCCUUGAACUAUAUGAGCUCUAUGACCAUAA